GCCACGCGUAGAAUAUGGGAAGACAUUUACCAAGUAAACACAACACGGAUGCAUCCUGCCAGUAGGCUACACCGAUAUUUGAAAGAAUGGGUGUGAAAGGUCUUCAGCUCUUCACGGACAGUUGCUGCCCAGCAGCCUGUGUGACUGUGUGUCUGAGGGAGAUGGCCAGACAACACGUUACCCAACACCAGCGAGGCUGCGCGAGCACAGCUAACGCUACCAGCCCCACACUUGUUGUGGAUGGUAUGGCCUGCUUGCGUCCCUGGUACUCAUGUAAGGACUGGGUGUGUGGGGGGCAGUGGAGGGAGUACAUGGAUGUGCUGAAGGGCUGGGUGGAGGCCUUCACAUCAGCAGGCAUCAGACUGGUCUUCUUCUUUGAUGGAGUGGUGGAAGAGCAAAAGAGACAAGUGUGGGUGAAGAGAAGACGCAGAGUGAACGGGGAGAUUUCUAAAAUGUUUCGUCACAUAAAGGCAUAUGGAAAGCAGCCUGGUAGAGAGCUCUUCUGUCUGCCUUCUGGUCUGGCAACAUUCACAUGCUUUGCUCUCAGGGCAUUGGGUCAGGAAGUGUUUUGCUCAGUGCGGGAGGCUGACUACGAGAUUGCCAGCUAUGCUCGUCAGCAUGGCAGUAUGGGCAUUCUGGGACAGGACUCAGACUUCAUCAUAUAUGACAGUGCCCCCUACUUGUCUGUGGCAAAGUUGCGGAUGGACAGCCUCACCACCGUCAUGUACGACCGGCAUAGGCUCUGCCAAGCCAUUGGACUGACUGUUACCCAGCUACCACUGCUGGCCUGUCUCCUAGGUAACGAUGUGGUGUCAGAGGAGAAGAUGCAGCGCAUCAGGAACAAUGCCAUGGCAACAUACAGGACAAACAAUCCCACAACACAUGCUAGUGCUCCGCAGGGGCAGAAAGUGCUAGCUGUAUCCCACCUUGUGAGCUCCUUAUGGGGAAGAGAGGAGCAAGAGACUGAGCUUAUUCCUCAGUCGCUGGAUCUGUCCGCUCCUCACAGAGAGCUACUGAAGAGGGGGGUUUGCUCUUACUUGCUGCCUGGACACAAAGCUUUUCCCCAAGGGGACAUCUCUGCACAAUCCUUUGCCUUUGAGAAACAUGUUAGUCCAGAAAUAUUAAAGGCCUGUAGAGAGAAGCAUGUAGCAACAGAGGGUUUCAUGGUUUACAGUGUUGUGUGUCAGGGAGUCAUUGAAUGUAGCAACACUCUGGAGGAUGAGGAGAACGCUGAGUUGCUGCCUCAGGCCCUCGUCUACAAGCCCUGCAGACAGCGCAUCUAUGGGCUGCUGCUGCUGCACGGCCAUGAUGGCAGCAGUGUCGACCUUCCAGCAAUCAGGGAAUGGUUUGUCUAUCCUGGAAACCCUCUGAAGGAACCUGACAUGGUCCACCCUGUCCAAAUCAGCCUCCCAUAUGACCAGCCCAGUCUGGACUUGCUAUGGUUUGGCAUUGGUCCUAAAGUUUCUACACUUCGCGUGAUGUCCUUCCUUUCAAUCUUUGAUUGCCAGGAGUUCUCCGACUUGUAUGGCGAUAUUGAAGACUCUCUCCUGGCUGCUCUCUGCCUGGUCACUUACAUCAUCCUCCAGGUACACACUUUGUCUCAAGAGGACGUGGAUGCUUACCUGAGUCAGGCUGUGUGUCUGAGACUAAAAUCCCCUGAUGAGCUUCAACAGAUCAAGCUGCCUGUCCUGUCCAGUCGUGCGGUGCAGCUGGGAUCUCUCUACGUCCGAGGGUUGAGCAACCUGCUGGGUGGGAACUGUGCCAGUGGCUGCCCGCUGCCCAACGCCGCCCUUAUGCCUUGGCACAGCUUCGAUGGACGGCUGUUCCACUCAAAGUACCUGCUGGCACAUAGCGGCACAGAGAAGACUGUGUUGCUCGACAGCGAUUCGUCCUGUUUGUCUCUGUUUCUCCGCCUGAAAGAGAAACUUACAGAGACCUGCAGGAAGCGAGGCAGAGUCCUGCAGUCCAGACCCUGUGCACCAGAACAAGGUCAUAGAAUCACACCAGGACCCAGACACAGGGAAAAACAUGCAGGUGGUAAUGAGAACUUGAGGGAAAAAAGAGAGACAACAGGAGGACAUGGAGGAGGAUGGAGGGAGAGAGGGGAGGCAAGUGGAGACCCAAGUGAAUAUGACAGCAGAGAGAGACUGUGGCAAAGAGGAGGCCAUUUCAACGCUCAGUCUCAUUCUUAUCCUUACAGCCAUGAUGGAGGACCCCAGAACACAAGCCGUCCUCAAAUACAAUCCAGAGGUCGAUCGUACUACAGAGGGAGAAUCAGGCCGACUUCGAGAUGGUCGCAGCCUCCUGCACCAAGAACAUAACUCAACUCCGAAUAGAGGAAAGAAGAGAAGGAUUAGAGGGGAGGAUUUGAGGAGUUAAGAGGACGGGUGAGAUGUGAUGAAAGGAGUGAUGGAAUCAAAUUUCUCUGAACAAACUGAUUAGUGAAUUACCCGUCAGUAAUGUUUGUCUAAAGGAUGCAGAAGGUAGAGAAAUGGGGAUUAAGAGAUGGCCGAAUGAAGAGAUUAGGAAUCAUCAUUUAAUUUGGACGUUACCUGUUUGGAGAAUGAACACUUCGCAUCAGCAAUUACCAAACAAACACAGAAAUGAGCCACUUCAAACAUGCACUGAAGUAGAUUAAUGGUUAAUCCCCAAGCCUGUUUGACCUUUUAUCUUUGACAAUAAAGGAAAAGAGAUCUUAAAAGCUGUGCUUCUCCAGUGGUAUAAUCCUUUUAAAGGCAUGGUUUUAACUAGAGAAACAGUAAUGCAGGUAUCAAAUAUCAAUGGAAAUAGUCCGUCAGUGCCGGUGAUUUAUACACCUCUGUAAGGUGAUAUGUCAAAAACAAAGUGAGGCAAGUUGAGAGUUUGCUUUCUUCAUACAAAGAAGAAUGUGAGUUGUCUGUAAUGGAUACUAAUAGAGAAAGAGGUUUAUAUGUUACGUUUUGUUAUGAGUCAUGAGUCCAGUAAACACGACCAUAAUGUGUUGUCUUAAAAAUCCCAAAAGAUUGUACACUAUGUGACAAUAACAUUGAGCGUGUGCGUGCGUGUUGAUGAUGAAUGUAUAGCCAGGCUGACAGACGGUCUUCCUGUAGCACCGUGAAUGUCGUCAAAACUUACCAGAGAGGAAAAGGAUGCAGAGAAAGUUCCACAGCCUGAGUGUUCUAAUUUCUGUGUGUGUGUGUGUGUGUGUUUGCCUAUAAGCACACCGGUAAAGAAAUAUGAGAGUGAAUUUCUCAACAAACGGAAACAAAUGAGGGGAAAUCAGAAUGUUUAUACAGUGAUGUGAGACCGUGUUUGGCAUGACAGAGCGGAGAGUUACAUUAGUUUAUUCUCCUGUAGUUCAAUGAUACACUCAUUAUACAGUAACAUAUAUAUACAGGAAUUUUGUAAAAAUGUUAUAAGUGGUUUUAUAAGCUCCCAGACUUAUAAAACCACUCAGCACUUGGACAGUGUUUGUGAUAAUAAUUUUUUUGUUGUGUUUCAAUCUUAUGUAAUGUGUUACUGUGUUGUGUUGCUUUUUAUUGGUAAUAUUUGCCCAUUUGUAAUUGUAUGAUU